CCCUCUAACUUUUCUAUUUCCCCCCCCCUACCGGUCCCAGGUACCUCCCCCCUUUCCGCCUUUCGAAUUCUUUUCUCCUCCCCACUCUCUUUGCCUUUUCCUUGUUUUCUAUCCCAUCCAGGUAGAUGCCCCACACUCUGCAUAACUAGCUAGCUCAGCCCCCCCUUCGUUCCUCUUAACCCUCUAUGAGUCGAGACUGUGUUUCCUAGUCCACAUCAGAGCUUCCACUUCCCACAGAUGGCCGAUGGUACCAGUACCGCCAUUUCUUCCUUGCUUCGACCUCUGCCUAUUGCUACUGGCAUCCAAUGACUCUCGGCAACAUUCUUUCCAAGCUUUCCAAAUGGAGACGGACGCGACGCACUAAGAAAACUACAUCUGCUGCUCGUUCCGAUGAAGAACGCCCCUCUUGGCCUGACAAACUGGAUCUUCUUCAAGCCAAGGGAGAUGCGAAUGUAGACCCACCCAGCAGAACCAACACCGACAACGCUCCAUCCGACCUGUUAUGCUGCGUGGAUCUGAAGCUUUGUGAGGAACAGUACUACCCAACGCCACUCGCAGAUUAUCUUGCCGAAUCGUCCUGCAAGCCCUUUGCUUCCAAACGGAUUGCUGAUUCUCACAUUCCCCAACUUUCCUAUGCGGCUGGCUCUUGCUUGGAGGAUGAUGAGGUCUUUUACAAUGGGCAAGACACGGGAUUGUGGCAAUGCGUCCAUGAAGCGUGGCAGAAUCAUUGGAAUCUGAGGACCAGUCCGGACGAUUGGUGGUUCCCCGUGGCCCGACGAAUCGCCAAGGCUCUCACUGCUGUCUCGCGCUAUGAAAACUCCAUGAAGGAUUCCCAGUGGAGAAAACCAGAGAAGCCGUUCGAGACACCGGUCCGUGAUUUACUGGUUGGUGACGGCAAUGGCAAGCAAGUCAUAUCCGUCAAAGUCAUGGAGUUUUGUCCUCAAGAACACCACCAGACUUCUUUUGAGGCAGUCUUUGACGAGAUCCACAAGCAGGUUCAAGACGCCAUCAAGUUGCCAUUGUUUGCUACUGAAAUGAAAUCCAGCUUUUCUACUUCCACUGCGACGCAUGUGAUUGCAUCCCAAAUCAAUCUCAUGGAGGGCUUGCAAGAAUUCUUUGAGUACUCUGUAUCGUACAUGGGAUGCGGUCUGAAGGGCCUCGAAAUGAUGGGCACUGUGGAAGAUUGGGAGCAUCUCAGAGAAAAGUUUAGGCGUGUUCGAGAACUCUUGGAACCCAUCAAGAGCCAGUUGGAAAUGUACCUCCCGAACGAGUGGUGGGCAUGUGUGGAAAUGGUCUUUGACAAUCUGCUGCUGACGGUAAAGGAGCCGGCGCUGGUGGGAACUUUUUGGCGCAACAUACUGCUGCAAGCCCCGCCCCAUUGGGUGACAGAUUACUACGGCAAAAAAGGGAAAGGGAUGCGACAUCGGGAACAAGUAGAUGCAUACGAUGGCUGGCUGGUACGGUUCUUGGGAGGAAAUACAGAUAUCCUUUGCAACAACGACGUCCACGACAUUGUCAUUGAUGGGGAAAACCCGAUCAACGAGAUGAGUGGUUUGUGCCAAGCACCGCUUAAAGUGACUUUGGAAUGGUGUGCGCCACCCAUCACAGAGGAAGUUCAGUUGAUUGGUGGCAUCAUGGGAUUCAUCUGCCACCAAGAUGAUACCAUGAAUGGUGUCCCAACCCUGCAACCGCAUCACAUGUGGGCCAUGCUGGUGUCGCCUACUUCCAAACUCAGAAAUGUGCGAGACUUGUCCAUUCAGCAUAGCGGUGAGCAACUUCGAUUAUGAAGGCAACAUCAUACUUUGAAGGACAAAAACGGCCGAGCAUUGGGCCUUGCGUCCCCCUCGCCUGCGUGCCAGGGAAACCUCCUCUGUAACCCAAGCCCACUGUGGGCUUCUCAACCCCCUAGAUUCUUCAUCUAGCUGGUAGAGUACGACCGAUGUCUCAUGAGCCAGCCAGGUAAGCUAAGGGUGCAGGUACAGCACUGGUAGAACAUAUGGCUACAUGUUGCCAGCGGACUAUGUGGGUAGACACAGCUCGUAAUGCGUUAUUAGAGCUUUGGUUUCCCCAUUUUAGUUGAAAGGAAGGUGUCCACUGUGACGCAAUCAGGACGCAAUACAUUUUGAAACAUGCGGCCUUCUUUUCUUCUCUGAAGCUCGGCCCACUGUUCUAGGAUAAUAUCACCAUUGUCUCCCAACCUCAUGCACGGCAACAUGGCAACAUAGACUUUCUCUGGAGAGAUAGAUAGCUACUCUAGCUAGCUGGCUACAGUACCGGUAGCUACUGGAACUGGGCAUCUGUCUGUAAUUAAGGGGCUUCCACGUGGAACUACAUCGUACCGGUAGAUAUCUGACACCUGGGUUGAUGCCAACAAGCUCGAUCAGGAAGCUCGAGAGCUGUCGGACUAAUCAGCGACUGUCACGCC